AUGGUAUCCAUUGAAACUUUCUUCUUAGUCUUAUUUUCAAACCUUGUCUUUGCCUCACCUACGCCUUUUCUCAACAGAAACAAUCUUUUACCACGCCAAAAUUCACAAGCACCAUUCCGACCAUUAUCUUCCCAAACUUCCAGCGACCACUCAAUAGAAGGCGGUUGGUCAUCUCAAUCUAGUUCUUUGGGGAGAUCAACACCUUUUGACACUUGUGCGGCUAGUGGGACGGUGGAUAGUAUCAAUAUAGAUCCUUGUUCUGCUCCGGACGGGGAGAUAUGUGAAUUUCAUUCUGGAUUGAAUUACACAAUUACCAUUCAUUUCACACCUCAAACCUCAUCUUCGAACCCAAGAAACAACCUUGUGGCUUAUUCUUCAAAUGAGAGUUUAGGUCAAGGGAUAAUAUCAUAUCCUUAUUCCGGCCAAAGUUUCGACGUAGAUUAUUUAAUGUUCAACAUAACAGAUGGGAUAGAAGAAUCAAAGAUUGAGUUCUUGGUCCAAGGAUAUAGAAUCUCUGUGGGCAAACGGCAUGCAUAA